AUGGAGAAUCCAAAAAAUGUGACUGAAUUCAUUCUUUUGGGCAUUACCGAGAACCCAGAGCUGCGGAACAUGCUCUCUGCUGUGUUUCUAAUCAUGUAUGUGUCCACGGUUUUGGGAAACCUAUUAAUUGUGGUAACUGUGAUCACGAGUCAGAGUCUGAGAUCACCUAUGUAUUUUUUCCUUACUUUCGUAUCCCUUUUGGAUGUCACCUACUCUUCUGUCAUUGCCCCCAAGAUGAUUGUGGACUCCCUCUCCAAGAGCACUGUCAUCUCCUUAGAAGGUUGCAUGGCGCAGCUCUUUGCAGAGUAUUUCUUUGGUGGUGUGGGGAUCAUCCUUCUCAUCGUGAUGGCCUAUGACCGCUACGUGGCCAUCUGUAAGCCCCUGCACUACUCCACCAUCAUGAGCCCUCGGAUGUGCUGCCUGCUGCUGGGAGGGGCCUGGGUGGGGGGAUUUAUCCAUGCAGCAAUACAGCUUCUCUUCAUGUAUCAAAUACCCUUCUGUGGCCCCAAUGUCAUUGAUCAUUUUAUAUGCGAUUUGUUUCCCUUGUUGAAACUGGCCUGCAUGGACACCCACACCCUGGGUCUCCUAGUCAUCCUCAACAGUGGGGUGAUGUGUAUGACCAUCUUCCUUAUUCUCAUUGCCUCCUAUGUGGUCAUCCUCUGCUCUCUGAAGUCUUGCAGCUCUGAAGGGCGGCGCAAAGCCCUCUCCACCUGUGGCUCCCACCUCACCGUGGUUGUCUUGUUCUUUGUGCCAUGCAUUUUCCUGUACGUGCGGCCUGUGGCCACCUACCCCAUUGACAAGGCAAUGGCUGUGUCUGAUUCCAUCAUCACACCCUUGUUAAAUCCCUUGAUCUACACCCUGAGGAAUUCAGAGGUGAAAAAUGCCAUGAGGAAACUGGGGAAACAAAGGAGUUUUGUUGGCAAGUGA